GAGGAGAGAAGAGAUUAGUUUCUGCUGCUAAAGAUCACUAAAAGAUUUAUUUUUGUUUUUAUCAUGACUUAAAAUAAUCAGAUACCUCAGUAAUUCAUCGGUUAUGAACUCUUCAUUGUAUUUGGUAAAAGAUUAGAAUUGAUAUAUAUUUACAAUAUUUCUACACCAUCUCUGAAUCUGAUCACCGUUUAAAUUUAUUGAAGAAGACCCUUUGGCUACAAAGAUGAAGAGUUUACUUCUUCUGGUGCUGAUUUCUAUCUGCUGUGCUGAUCGUCUUUCAGAAAACUAUACUCUAGAUCAUGACAGAGUGAUUCACAUCCAAGCAGAAAAUGGUCCUCGUCUACUGGUGGAAGCAGAACAAGCCAAGGUGUUCUCACAUAGAGGUGGCAAUGUUACACUGCCAUGUAAAUUUUAUCGAGAUCCUACAGCAUUUGGCUCAGGAACCCACAAAAUCCGAAUUAAGUGGACCAAGCUGACUUCAGAUUACCUCAAAGAAGUGGAUGUUUUUGUUUCCAUGGGCUACCACAAGAAAACCUAUGGCUCUUACCAGGGUAGAGUGUUUCUAAAGCGAGGCAGUGAUAAUGAUGCUUCUCUGGUGAUCACAGACCUCUCAUUAGAGGAUUAUGGGCGAUAUAAGUGUGAGGUGAUUGAAGGAUUAGAAGAUGAUACGGCUGUGGUAGCAUUAGAUUUACAAGGUGUGGUUUUCCCUUAUUUUCCACGACUGGGGCGCUAUAAUCUCAAUUUUCACGAGGCCCAACAGGCCUGUUUGGACCAGGAUUCAGUGAUUGCUUCCUUUGACCAGCUGUAUGAUGCCUGGAGGGGCGGGCUGGACUGGUGCAAUGCUGGCUGGCUCAGUGAUGGCUCUGUGCAAUACCCCAUCACAAAACCCAGAGAGCCCUGCGGAGGCCAGAACACGGUGCCCGGCGUGAGGAACUACGGGUUUUGGGAUAAGGAUAAAAGUAGAUAUGAUGUUUUCUGCUUUACAUCCAACUUCAAUGGCCGGUUUUACUACCUGAUUCACCCCACCAAGCUGACCUAUGAUGAAGCCGUGCAGGCGUGUCUCAAUGACGGUGCUCAGAUCGCCAAAGUGGGCCAGAUCUUCGUCGCCUGGAAACUUCUGGGGUAUGACCGCUGUGAUGCGGGCUGGUUGGCCGACGGCAGCGUCCGCUACCCUAUCUCCAGACCAAGAAGGCGCUGCAGUCCCACUGAGGCUGCAGUGCGCUUCGUGGGUUUCCCAGAUAAGAAGCAUAAGCUGUACGGCGUCUAUUGCUUCAGAGCUUACAACUGAGCAUGCCCCUAGAGCAUCUCAGCUUUAAAGUCAUUAAGAACAUGUGAAAGGUUUUUGUGUUUGUUUUUUUUUCAAUAUGAACUCAUGCAAGUUACCAAAACUGUGAUAACCCUUUUUUUACUUACUGUAUAGAGUCAUUUUCAUAAAGACCAAUUCAUUAAUUUGUUUUUGUAAAGCUAUCAUUCAAUAUAUAUUAUAAAUUAAUAUAAUUUUUAAGGAAGCGCUCCAUAUGGAUGCUUUAGGGCCAAACUGUUUAGGCUCCAUCAUCCCAGCCAAGAAUCCUUUCAUGAAUGGGGCAUGCAAUAGCUGGGGAUGCGGGGGAUUAAAAUAAGGGAAGUAAAGCUACUCAGAGCAGCAGCUUCUACAAGCACAAAUUUUACACCUUUGUACAAUUUUGAAAUGCAGUACAAUAGACAGAGUAGAGCAGCAGAUUUGAAUACAGGCUUCUUUACAUAAACCAGGAUUCAGAGAGGUUACACAAAACUGUUUCACGGGACAAUAAUCUAUGUUUUUUCUAAAAGUUAAUACUUCAAACCUCCAAAAGAAUAUUUUAUUUUUAAAAUCCUGCCUUUUGACCAAAAAGGAAAGAAAGUUCAUAUCAACCUAAAUGCAGACUAACAAGCACAGAUUAAAACUCCUUAACAACCCCAUUUGUAUGAAGUAUGAUACUUAAAGAAGCAAAUAAUAUUUAAUCAAAGAGAUUCCUACCUUCUUCUAAUUAAAAUUAUACACGCCUGAGAAGAAUUGUCUUAUCUUUUGAGUAGCUUUACUGAGUUUUAUUUAAAUUCUAUGGGCCAUUUGCUAAGCAGCAUUUAGCAUCUACUCAGGGCAGUUAUAUAGAUAAACUGCUGAACAGAAAAAUUUAGCAGCUUGAUUUUAUGUUAGCCUAUGAAAUGUUAUUGUCCUAUAAAAUGACUUUAAACUAUUUAAUACUUCCUUAUUUACAUUACUUAAAUUUUUUUAAUCAUAAAAGAAAUGAAUAGCAACAUAUGUGCUGACCAAGAAAUAGAGCACUACUUUCAAAAUCCUUAUUAUUCCAAUUUGCAUAGAUACCAGAAAGCUCAACUGGUGCCUCGGUUUUGGGGGAAGUGUCAACAAAUAGUUCUAAACCCCCUUCCAUAAAGAAAUAUGGUCACGUUCCACUUCCCUUAAUGGUCAUUUUUAGGCUUAAAUGAAAUGCUGAAGCAGUUUUCAAUGAGUUUACACUAAGAUCUUCAGGGUUUUAAAUAAAAGGAUAAGGCCAGCUUUAGAAAAACAACUUUCCACCAUAGAGGCUGUAAUAUGAAAUAAAGCUCUGUUUUCAUAUUUUUUAUGACUGUUGAGACCCCACAGGGACCAAUAUUUGUAUUCAAAUUACAAUUCAUGUUUCCCAUUGUUUCACAAUGAGUUCUAAUAAAUGGGAUUUAGUAAAAUAAUUCAAGUAUGACAUAGCUGGUGUGCUUUCAUGAAUGUUUUUAUGUAGAUUUUUCUCCCAUGAACAUGAGUAAAUAAAUCUGUUUCCUGAAUUGAUUGUGGUUGCAUUUAAGACUCCAUAAUAAUUCUAAUAAAUUUACUCCAUAAAUGUAGAGUUAUGUGUGUGGAAGGUAUAGAACAAUUGGAAGUUCAUCAAAUAUAACUAUAGUUAUAUCUUAUCUGAUAGAUGUUGUAAAUAAAGGUAGAAAUUUCUUCUAUCAAAAGCAUAUCUGAAAAUCUUCAGAUGCUUUAACAUUAAAAAGCUGACCAAGGUAUGCAUGCACAUUUUUGUAUUAGGUUGGCUAUGCAAAUUGUAUAAAAAUAUAAACCCAAAGAGAUUAUGAGGGUUAAUUCAAAAACUACUGUCAUAGAUCAAUCUCCAACUUGUCAACUAAAAAACCUGUCUUGUUUAGCAUAAGAUGAAUAUAUUAUUUAAAAGGGGCUAUCUCCAAAAUAGCAACUCUAUAGCACAUCAAAUAUGGGGUUCGUUCAUUGAAGGAAGCUCAAACUUGAUGAUUAUUACAUACAUUAAUUUUAUUAGAAAUAAAGUGGGAACAAAUUUUUAUUAAAGCAGAUAUGUAGUUUUAUGUAUUGCCACAGAACUCUGCCUUUACCAUGUUAAGCAUAGUAAAAUUGCUUAACGUUUCAAUACUUAGCUAAAAUAGGAACUGGUGCUGACCAAAAAUCUCUGGAGUGACUGUUAGCUGAUUAAAAUCUAUACUGUUUGCACAUUAUUUCCCCAUGCUUAUAAAAACAUUCUUAAUCAAGUGAGUACUGCUGGGAAGAAUUUUUAUCUUCUUAUUUUCUCAAAAUGACAAGAAUCUCUAUACCAUAUGGAUUCCUACAUGAAUAAGG